CUGGGGCUCCUCGCGCGCUCGGACCCGGGUGACCCUGCUCCCCUCGUCCAGGGGCGGGCGGAGUAGUCAUGCUCCUGUCUGGGGGCGACCCUCCGGCGCAGGAAUGGUUCAUGGUGCAGAGCAAAUCAAAGGCCCGGGUGCAGCGGCAGCGGCUGCAAGUGCAGCGCAUCUUCAGGGUCAAGCUGAAUGCCUUCCAGAGCCGACCAGACACUCCCUACUUCUGGCUGCAGCUCCAGGGACCCAAGGAGAAUAUGAGUAAAGCCAAGGAGUACCUGAAGGGCCUGUGUACCCCAGAGCUGUGGAAGGAAGUUCGCUACCCACCAGUCCUGCACUGUGCCUUCCUCGGGGCCCAGGGCCUCUUCCUCGACUGCCUCUGCUGGAGCACCCUGGCCUACCUGGUGCCCGGCCCUCCUGGUUCCCUGAUGGUGGGCGGGCUGACUGAGUCUUUUAUCAUGACCCAGAACUGGCUGGAGGAGCUGGUGGGGCGGCUGCGCUGGGGCCCUGCCCCGCUGCUGACCCCCCGCGGGAUCUGGGAAGCAGAGGUGACCCGGGCCUUUGGGGCCCUGGUCUGGAUCCGUGGUGACCAGCAUGCAGGGGACCUGCUGCAGCUGCCUCCGGCGGUUCAGGAGCUGCUGCUGAGCCUGGUGCGAGAUGCUGCGGGCAAGGAAGACAUCAUCGAAUGGCUGGGCCGCAUCGGCUCCUCUGAUACCCGCUCUGACCCAGAGGUCCUGCACUGCCCUCCCCAGCAGCAGAAGGAAGGCCCAGCCAUGGUGUCUGUGGCAGAUGGCUCUGCACCCUUCCUGGAGAUGGGGAGCCUCCAGAAUGGUAGUUCAGAAAACUCAAAGAAAAUUACUAGCCUGGGAGCCACCCUGUCCCCAGUUUCAGGCACCCCAAGCCAGACCGCGCAGCAGGAAACAGCAGACCAGCUGAUGCGGGUUUGUUCCAACAAGCAAGGUGGUAUGGACGGUGCUCGAGAGAAGGGGUCGGUGCAAGCCACAGGCAGCCAGGACUCCGCAAGUCACACACAAGUCUUGUCACAAAAGAGGCAGGUCCAGAGGGUGGAAGAUAAACUCCCCCUCCAGCCUUCGGUGUCCAGCCUGGGCGUGUGCCCCACCUGGAAGGCCUGGCCCCCUGGGCCAGCCUUUGGGCCCUUGUGGCCUGGUACCAUCGCUGCCACCUUCUGGAGGAUCAACGAACUGCAUUCUCUCCACCUGGCCUGGCUCCUGUCCCAGGCCUGCUUCAGUUUCCCCUUUUGGCAGAGACCGCUGGUCCCCAUUCAGUUCAAGCUGCCAGGGCAGAAUCCUUUGCCCUUAAAUCUAGAGUGGAAGCAGAAGGAGCUUGUUCCUCUGCCCCGUGUGGAGAGCCCAGAUGGCCCAGGAGGACAGGCAGUCCUACAGAAUUGUGCGAGGCCAGAGACCCCCUCAAAAGUAAUGAGUUUACUGGUGGUCUCGGGUGUAAAGGACAAGGCUAGCUCUGGACUUCCACAGAUUGGGCCACCUUUGCCUUCCACUCCCCAAUUACAAGCUGGAAGUGAGACAAGGGACCAAGGAAGUGUACAGUGCAACUGUAAAGGGCCUGAAGAGAGGCCCACUCCAGCGCUCCCUAAGGGCCAAGGGGUGCCCACAGCUCAAGAGAGGCCCACAUCUAAAGGAGAGCUGUCAGCUCGGUCAGGACCUGAAGCUAAAACAGUGCCUGAGCCUCUCCAAGUGCCCGUGGCUGCAGCAGCACCCACAGCUCAGAGCCCACCCACCACUCAAGUGCCGCCCGCAGCACCCGAAGUGCCUACAGCCAAGGUGACACCAGCAGCCCUCACAGAAGCUGCAGCCCCCAAAGUGCCUUUGGCUUCAACCAAGGCAGCAGCUCAAGUGGUGUCCACAGCUCAAAAGCAGGCCAUGGAUCAGCCAGCACUGGAUGCUCAAGUGGGGCCUGUGACCCCCCAGGCUGCCACUACUCAGAAAAUGCCUGCGGCAAAAACAGCACCGGCAGGUCUCAAAGCAACCAAAGCCCAAACUGGGUCUGCAGCUAAAACAGGGUUGACAGCUCCCAAAGGAACUACUGCUUCCAAAGCACCUGCCACCCCCAAAACUCCUGCAGCUUCCAAAGCCUCCAGAGCUCCCCAAAUGCCUGCAGCUCAGAAGGCACCCACAGAUGCUGGGCCAGCCUCCAACACAGCCAAACUCCUGAGUGACGUCCAGCCCUCUUCAACAAGGGGCAUUGCCUCCUUCCCAAAGGGUCAGGGGGAAGCUGGAAGGCAGGGUCCCCAGCCUGGCAGCACCCUGGCCCCCAGCAAUAAGCACCAACCUCAGACGGAGGGGCUUCUGGGGCCCUGGGAGGGGUCCCUGAGGCAACCGCCUCGCCACCCGCAGGCCAACAGCACAGUGACCAGUUUCCAGCGCUACCAUGAGGCCUUGAACACACCCUUCGAGCUGAACCUGUCUGGGGAACCCGGAAACCAGGGCUUGCGGCGUGUGGUCAUUGACGGCAGCAGUGUGGCCAUGGUGCACGGCCUCCAGCACUUCUUCUCCUGCCGUGGCAUUGCCAUGGCGGUGCAGUAUUUCUGGAACCGGGGACACCGAGAGGUCACUGUGUUUGUACCCACCUGGCAGCUGAAGAAGAACCGCAGGGUGCGAGAGAGCCACUUUCUGACGAAGCUGCACUCCCUCAAGAUGCUUUCAAUCACCCCGUCCCAGCUGGAGAAUGGCAAGAAGAUCGCCACGUACGAUUACAGGUUCAUGGUAAAGCUGGCGGAGGAGACAGAUGGCAUCAUUGUUACCAAUGAGCAGCUCCACAUUCUGAUGAAUAAUUCCAAGAAACUGAUGGUCAAAGAUCGCCUGUUGCCCUUCACCUUUGCGGGGAACCUCUUCAUGGUGCCCGAUGACCCUCUGGGCCGUGAUGGCCCAACACUUGAUGAAUUUCUGAAGAAGCCGAACAGGUUGGACACUGACAUCGGCAACUUCCUGAAGGUGUGGAAGACUCUUCCACCCAGCUCCACCAGCAUUGCUGAGAUGAGUGAUGCCGCUGUCCCUGGGCCCCUAGAGAGCCCACAGAAGGUGGACGAAGUCAGGGAAGAGAAGGAGGACAGGAGGGACGAGGAGCAGAGAGAGGUGCAGGGGAUGCAGGAGCUGUCUGAGGAAGAGCCUGCCCAGGAAGACGACCGGGACUCCUCCCUGGCGUCAGUGUUCAGAACUGAGUGCCCUGUGCUAUCAGAGGAAAUCCUCCGGUGCCUCAGCCUCCACAACCCCCACGAUGGGGCCCUUGACAUCGAUCUGCUGCCGGGGGUGGCUUCUCCCUCCCUGGGCGUCCUCUGGGAUGGGAAGGCCCCCUGCCAGCAGGUUCUUGCUCAUCUGGCCCAGCUGACCAUCCCCCGCAACUUCACCGCACUCUCAUUCUUUGUGGGGUUCAUGGACUCCCACCGCGAUGUCAUUCCUGACUAUGAGACCCUCAUGGGCCCUCUACACAGUCUCCUUAAGCAGAAGCCGGACUGGCAGUGGGACCAGGGGCAUGAGAAAGCCUUCCUGGCCCUGAAGCGAGCCCUGGUGUCUGCCCUCUGCCUGACAGCCCCCAACUCCCAGCUGCCCUUCCGCCUGGAGGUGAUGGUGAGCCAAGUGGCCUUGACGGCCAUUGUCUAUCAGGAGCACUCAGGGAGGAAGCACCCCAUAGCUUAUACCUCGAAACCCCUUCUUCCCGACGAGGAGAGCCAGGGCCCCCAGUCUGGGGGAGACAGCCCCUAUGCUGUGGCCUGGGCCCUCAAGCAUUUUUCCCGCUGCAUUGGUGAUACCCCAGUGGUCCUGGAUCUUUCCUAUGCCUCCCGGACCACAGAGGACCCCCAGGCACAGGACGGCCGUAGGGAUGCCAAGGCGUGGUUGAUCCGAUGGUCUCUCUUGGUACAGGACAAAGGCAAGAGGGCCCUGGAACUAACCCUUCUCCAGGGCCUGCUGGGGGAGAACAGCCUGCUGACACCUGCAUCCUCCAUGCCUCGUUUUUUCCAGGUUCUGCCUCCUUUUUCUGACCUGUCCACUUUUGUGUGCAUCCACAUGUCUGGCUAUUGCUUUUACCGCGAGGACGAGUGGUGCGCUGGCUUUGGUCUCUAUGUCCUGUCUCCCACCAGCCCCCCUGUCUCCCUCUCCUUCUCCUGCUCCCCUUACACACCAACCUAUGCGCACCUGGCAGCCGUGGCCUGUGGCCUAGAGCGCUUUGGCCAGUCCCAGCUCCCUGUGGUUUUCCUCACCCACUGCAACUGGAUCUUCAGCCUCCUCUGGGAGCUUCUGCCCCUCUGGCAGGCUCGGGGCUUCCUCUCCUCUGACGGGGCCCCACUACCUCAUCCAGGCCUGCUCUCCUACAUUAUAUCCCUCACUUCCGGCCUCUCAGCCCUUCCGUUUAUCUACCGAACCUCCUACCGGGGCUCCCUGUUUGCUGUGACCGUGGACACCCUGGCCAAGCAGGGCGCCCAGGGCAGUGGGCAAUGGUGGCAUUUGCCAGAGGACAUGCCGAGUCCUGUCGUGUCUCCCCAUAGCAUGGGCAAGAGGCCCGACUUGCUGGCAUUGCAGCGAAGUGACAGCACGCUGGCUGAUGUCAUCGCCACGCUGCAGGCUGGGCAGAAACUGCCCAGCUCUUCACCCUUCAGUUCUGCCUUUAACUCACUAAGCCUCGACAAAGAGAGUGGUCUGCUGAUGUUCAAGGGAGAAAAGAGGGCCAGGGUCUGGGUGGUCCCGAGGCAGCUCCGGAGGGAUCUGAUUUUCUCCGUGCAUGACCUCCCCAUGGGUGCCCAUCAGAGGCCCGAGGAGACCUAUAAGAAGUUGCGGUUGCUGGGGUGGUGGCCUGGCAUGCAGGAGCACGUGAGAGAUUACUGCCGGAGCUGCUUGUUCUGCAUCCCCCGCAACCUCGUAGGCAACGAGUUGAAGGUCAUUGAGUCCCUGUGGCCACUCAGGUCGACCGCCCCCUGGGCCAACCUGCAGAUUGAGGUGGUGGGCCCGGUCACCAUCAGUGAGGAGGGCCACAAGCAUGUGCUGAUUGUGGCCGACCCCAACACCAGGUGGGUGGAGGCGUUCCCCCUGAAGCCCUACACGCACACGGCGGUGGCCCAGGUGCUGCUGCAGCAUGUGUUUGCCAGGUGGGGUGUUCCCAUCAGACUGGAGGCCGCCCAGGGCCCCCAGUUUGCCCGGCAUGUCCUGGUGAGCUGUGGGCUGGCCCUGGGCGCCCAGACUGCCUCCCUUAGUAGAGACCUCCAGUUCCCCUGCCUGGUGAGCUCGGGGGCCUACUGGGAAUUCAAGAGGGCCCUUAAGGAGUUUAUCUUCCUGCAUGGCAAGAGGUGGGCAGCCUCCCUACCCUUGCUGCACCUGGCCUUCAGGGCCUCCUCCUCCCAGACCACCCCAAUCCAGAUCCUGACGGGGGCCGAGGUGAGGCUUACUGAGCCCCUGUGGUGGGAGAUGAGCAGUGCCAAUAUUGAGGGGCUCAAGAUGGAUGUCUUCCUGCUGCGGCUGAUUGGGGAGGUGCUGGAGCUGCACUGGAGGGUGGCUGACAAGGCCUGUGAGAAGGAGGAGAACAGGCGCUUCCAGCGGGAGAUCCGGGAAAAGGAGUGGAACGUGGGCGACCAGGUCCUCUUGCUGUCGCUCCCCAGGAACGGCAGCAGUGCCAAAUGGGUGGGUCCUUUCUAUAUCGGGGACCGGCUGAGCCUGUCUCUCUAUAGGGUCUGGGGCUUCCCAACCCCAGAGAAGCUUGGGUGCAUCUAUCCUAGCAGCCUGAUGAAAACCUUUGCCAAGAGUGGCACUCCCCUGUCCUUCAAGGUCCUUGAGCAGUGAGCUGGAGGGGUGGGGGAGCCCCUGUACCCCAGAUCUGGGUGUCUGCUGCUAGGCCUCCCUCUCUCCCUGACAAUGCUCUCGUAGUCCCCUGGGGGCCCUUAGUUGUGCCUUUUAUAGACAAGUUAUUUCAUAAAGCUUUGUUGAAUUGCCUUGAACUAGGGACAAGGGUCCCUAUGGAAACUUUCCCUUUUUGGGGUAUUGGGAGAAUCUGCCAAAGGCUGUGAGUUAUGGGCCCAUGGCAAUUUUACCCUGGGGGGUAGAAAUUCCCCAUACUAAGGUAAGCCAGGCUCAGUGUCAUUCCCCUAAGUAUUCCCUGUGCUGUCACACAAGUGCAACUGUGAGUGGGCUUGCACAUGCAUGUGUAUGUGCAUGCUUGCACACACACACACACACACACACACACUCCAGAGUCUUACUCCUGGCUGUCCUACCCAUGAACUAGUGUGGUUUCUGGAUCUCAGAAUCGGAACUGCAUUCCCCACUGAAACAGAAACCUCAAGCGUGGUUCCCUCUCUACCCUGUUCAUUUUGGAACCCCUUAACCUUGAGGUUGUCACAGCUGACACAUCCAUGCGGGCUUUGGAGAGACAGCCAGUGCAGUCUCAAGGCCUGCCCAGCUGUCAAGGAAGGGUUGGCAGUACUUUGAAGGGUGGUCAGCCUACCUCAUUUGACUCCAGCUGAUGGAGACAAUCCCCACCCCUGCUUCCAUGUUAUCAAUCCCACAGGAAUCAAGGAUCUCGAUGCCAAGUGUGGCAUCUCUACCUGAAGAGCUGCUUCAACUAGACCAAGGGGCCCAGGCCUCUUUUUUGGGGGGACUGAUUCUACCUCCCAAUCCCACCCCCUGGCCCAUAGCCCUCUUUCCACCUGUACCCCUAGACCCUACAGAGUGCGUGACUGCUUUGUUUGGAUCACCCCUCACCCUCACCACCCCCUGGUCCUGCCUUCUGUGUAGGGCGAAAUCUGGGCUCUCUCAGAGCCACUUUUGUGUCAAGAGUGAAUUUGUUGUAGGUGUGUGUGCUGUACUCACCCCUUGGGAUUGCUGUGGUAACUCCACCUGCCACUGAGUGGUUUUCAGAAGGAGGCAGCACCCCUUCACUCUGGCUGGGCCUUAAGUGGUUUUAUUUCUCCAAAGCUGAGCCAGUUUCCUGGCCUUGUUCAGGCUGCCAAAACACUUGGCAUUGCGAGGGCCAGAGUAGAACCUGCUGUCAAGUCCAAUUUGCUGGUUUUACAGCUAAAGAAAGAGCCCAAAGUCACAUGGCUAGUUUGUGGCUGGAUCAGCAUCAGGACUCAGUUUACCAGAGACAGAAUUCUGCUGACAGGCAAGUGAGAGAAUCCCUCAAAUAUCUGUACCCACAUUUUCUCCAACUCCCUAGCUCCCAAAUCUCUGUAGACAAAGUGUUUUGAUGUUGCCCUCAAACCAUUUCCAGCUGUUAAUUCUGUCCAGGAAAGAAUGAUUGGGUGGCAGCUGAGAAAUGGAAAGAUAUGCUGUGGGUUUUUUAAGCAGAAACAUUCUCCCCCUCCCUGUCUCCCCUCCUCCCUCCCCCUUCAUGUAGCCGUAUGUCCAACCUCAUCUCUCUCCUUGGUGCUAUACCCACCGCCCCUGUUAAUCACAUGUAUGAUCUUAUACCCUUUUUAUGUGACUUUUUCCCCUUUGAUUUGUCAAUAAACGGAUCAAAAUGGAGCCAGUGUCCAGUUCUUUUAUAGCAUCAGUCAAUUAUGGGAGUAUGGGGGGCAGGCAAAAUUGGGGCUGCUGCCUGUCCUCCAGGCUGACUCGCACAUCUGAAUAGCACUGGAUAGCACCUUCUCACGUUUAUCUCUGAACCAAGCGCUUAUUUUACACAUGAGAUCAGCACCAGGUAGUGACCU